AUGCUAGAAGAUCCAACAACUGACGCUGGUGUUCAAGCCGACAUACCAGAGCCAGAUGGCGAAGAACCCACUUUAAAAAUUAGACCACUCGAACGUAUAAUACGACACCCAAAAGUUCCCGUCGAACCAUCAGCAUAUGGAAAAGGAAAGAAUUUUAGUCGACCGUGGAUCUUACAAGACGGCCGACCACCUCCUGAAGUAGGAAGUGAAAUGCGCCAUCAGUACAAAAUUCCAAAAAAGGCCCAUGUCGGAGAAGGCAUUCGAAAGCGGAUGUUAACCGAUUUCUUUUGGGAGCAAAUGCUGGAUGAGGUCAUCGAAGAACUAGCAACAGCGGAACCUGUUGUGGAGUACUGCACUGAGCAGAAUGCUAAUUAUGUGAAAGAAAAUUUUGAGCCACGUAGCUUAUUAGUUACUGCUGAUAAAAACAUGCAUUUGAAGUAUCCAUUGUACGGCACUGGGUCUAGCGCAGUCACUUACUACAGUGAGAAUAUAAAGAAGACUGGCCCUGGAGAAAUUUUGGAAAAAUUUCGCCGAUGUCAAUAUUUUACAAAGCCUAUGGAAGAAAGAUUGGAUAAUGGCUGGGUUUUGUAG